CUAAAAGAAUUGGUAAAUACCUUCUGUUAGACCCGGACCUUUGCAAAUCAGUUGAUAGGGUUGAUAUCAUAAUAAUUGUGCAUACGGCACCACAAAAUCUGGACAAAAGACAACGGAUCAGAGACAGUUUUGCCAAAGCCUCACUCUUUCGUCCAUUCGACAUUCAUACAACGAUACGGUCAUGGGAGACUUCAUCGACGAUUACCACAAUCUCUCGCUUAAAAGGCGUCAUGGGAUUCCGAUGGGUCAGCGAGUAUUGUCCGAAUUCAGAAUUCGUGUUAAAAAUAGACGAUGACAUUUUAGUGAAUAUGUUUAAACUUCUAUAUUCGUUUCUAAGCCACAUGUCAGGGAAAAGGAAGUCAAUAUUUUGUAAUCUAUGGCAUAGCGGAAGUAUGCCUAUUCUUAGAAAGGGAAAGUGGAAAGUGGCAUCUCAUGUGUUUUCGUCAAGGACUGCAUUCCCGUACGACUAUUGUAGUGGGUUCCUAGUUCUAAUGACCACUGAUUUGAUGAAGCCGAUGUACGAGGCAGCACUGACGACCCCUUUCUUUUGGAUUGACGAUGUUUACUUAUUUGGUAUGCUCCCAUUGGUUGUUGGUGACGUCAUGUAUUACAACUACGAACUGCAUAGAUAUCUGUCUGUGAACGAAGGGAAAGCCAUGAAUUGUACACAGGAGCUAGGACCCCGAUGUCCUAUCUUUGCCACUUUAAUAGAAAAUGACUUUUGGCCCUACUGGGACACCAUCAAAGGGUUAUACACAUCCGACGACUGGCAUUUGCAGCAGAGGUUUAUUCAUUGA